UGUAGUGCAAGAAGUUUGGGUGGCUAGAGCUAUAAUGCAUUUAUUAGAAGACGAAAAACUAGUAGUGGAAGGAGCUGCUGCUGUAACAUUUGGUGCUGUUUUAGCUGGAUGUUUUCCAAAUUUGAUAGGAAAGAGAGUGGCAUGUGUGAUAACUGGUGGAAAUAUUGAUAAUGUAAUGUUGAUUCGUGCUGUGGAGCAAGGACUUGGCGCCGAAGGACGUUUGAUGAAAUUUAGAGUGACCGUACAGGAUCAGGCUGAGUCGACCGGCGAAAUAUGCUCUCUACUUGCUAGUGUUGAUGCCUCGAUACGGGACUGUCUUCCCCAGCAUUGUUGGAUGAAUGGCGAUAUUUUUAGUGUAGAGAUGAUAAUAAUAGCCGAGACUAAAGGCUGGGAUCAUUCGAGGGAAGUAAUGGAUGUAGUAAAAAAGACAUUUAAAAACAGUUACUUCCUUGGCAUGGAAGAGCAGCCUGCUUCGUUAACAAUCACUUGUCGUGGUCCUUGUAUGCCUCAGCCUCAAGCUCAAUUCGGUUUGUGAAUAUUGAGAUGGCCAAUAAAUAUCAAAUUAAAAUCUACCUCAAAUUAUCUAGACAACUUGUGUUGUGAAGUAUCAUGUACGGUGGAUAUUAUUUUUUGAUUGAAUAAAGUAAUAGUGUC